AUGAGCGACAGCCCAGCCCUCAGGCCGCUGAGCCGCGCGACCAAGACGCAGCGGCGAGCUGGAGGCCCAGACCAGCCCACCGCACCGCCCUCGGGCUGCUGCUCCGCCUCUCGCGCCCGGCCUGCGGCGACCGAGCGCCGACCAACGAGAAGAGCGGCGGCUAGAGCGGUUGGGGGGGGGGCGGGGCCAUGGAGUCUGGCCCCGGGGAGAGAUGGGGCCAGAUGGACCCUCUUCCGUAGGGAUGGCGGGGCCGCGGCGGCCGCCGACGCUGAAAACCCGGCCCAGAGCGCCCGCUGUAAGCCCGGGAGUCGCCGCCGCGCCGACCAGCCAACCGCAGAGCUGUGGACCGAGCUGACCGGCCUGGUCGGCUCUUCGGAGGCCGAGGAUGGGUCGGGAGGGGGAGCCGAGCGCUGUCCGGCUGAGGUCUCUCUGGAAGAGGCUCUCGUGCGUCUUGCCGAGUUCCUGUCAGUCCAGCUGGGGGCGGAAGAGAGCUUUGGGACUCCUCCCGACCUGAGCAAGCCCGGUGAUGUUCCCCCACUGUUGACGGUGACUGGUCAACUCUUGGCUCUCCUGGCAUGGAUUCGAAGUCCCAGGGGCAGGCAGGCCCUGUCCCAGGGGAUGCAGCCUGUCUCAGGGGUGCAGCACCCUCCUCCUGCUGGAUCCCCAUUGCAAGAAGAAAGCCCUUCCCUUUCACCAAGGGGCGAUGCCCAGGGGCAGCAGCCUCCUCAGCUGGAAGAGGACCAGAGGGCUUGGCAGCGGCUGGAACAGCUCAUCCUUGGACAGCUGGAAGAGCUGAAGCAGCAGCUGGAACAUCAGGAGGAGGAGCUGGGCCAGCUGCGCCUGGGAGUGGGAGCAACAGACUCAGAGAAAAGGGUUCAGCAUCUGACUCUGGAGAACAAAGCCCUGAAACAGAGCUUGAGCCUUACUCGGGACCUCUUGCUGCACUGGGGCCCUGCCCCCCACACCAGGGCCCCCCAGGAGAAGGCAGAAGCCCUGCUGGAGCUCCGGGGGCGGCUUCAAGAAGCCCAGGACACCACGGAAGCCCUCCGAGUCCAGCUAGGGGUGCAGGAGGUGCAGCUGCAGGGCCUUCAGGGGGCCCUCCGGCAGCUCCAGCAGGAGACUGAGCAGAACUGCAGGAGGGAGCUGCAGCAGAUGCGAGGGCAGCUGGCAGGACUUCGUGCUCGCAUGGCCAGCUUGCGUCAGGGCUGUGGGGACCUCCGGGGACUCGUCAGCACCUUUACCCAGAGCUGCCAGGGUUCUCUGAGCGAAGCCCAGGGACAGGUUUCCUGGGCUCUGGGGGCACUGUCAGCUGAUGGGGCUGGGACUCAACUCGCGGAGGCGCCGCAGGGGCCUCUCCCGGGAUGCCCAGGGCGGCUGCUGGAGCUCAAAGGAAACAUCCGUGUGCUGUGUCGCCUGAGGCCAGGGACACCCUCCAGCCUGGUGAGCCUAGAGCCCGGCCCAGGUGGCACUGUUACUACCUGCUAUCGAGGGCACCAGCGUCGCUUCCGCCUAGACUGGGUCUUCCCUCCACACGCCAGCCAGGAGGAGGUCUUCAGGGAACUGGAGUCUGCUGUGCUGUCCUGCCUCGGGGGCUACAGUGUCUGCAUUUUCACCUACGGUCAGACAGGGACAGGGAAGACCUACAGCAUGGAGGGCCCGCCUGAGGACCCCGGCAUCGCUCCUAGGGCACUGCAGUCACUAUUUCGGGAGAUGGGCACAGGCGGGCAGCACCGCGUGACCCUCAGCAUGGUGGAGAUCUACAACGAGGCUGUCAGGUCAGGGGCACCUGGUGCCUCCCGCCUUGCCCCCAGCCCCAACCCCUUCUGUCUCCACCCCCAGGCCCCCCAACGGAGCCCUGCCCUUUCUCACCAGGGACCUCCUUGCCCCAGGGCCUCCCCAGCGCCUGGCAGUGAGGCAGGGCCCAGCAGGCCAGGGGGGAGUCCAGGUGGCUGGCCUCACCCACUGGGACGUGCCCAGCCUGGAGUCUCUGCACCAGGUGAGGCUGCCCAGUGGGGCCCCGCAGCUCUCCAAGCCCCCGCCCUUACCCGCACCGGGGGCGCGGGCCCCGCCGCAGGCCAGCCCUUGUCCGCCCGUCCUGCAGAUGCUGAGCCUGGGGAGGAGCAACCGGGCCACCGCCGCCACAGCCAUGAACCAGCGCAGCUCUCGCUCGCACGCCCUGGUCACGCUGACACUGCGCACAGCGUCCCCAUCGCGCGGUCCUGGCACCGCAGGCACGCUGCACCUCGUCGACCUGGCGGGGUCCGAGCGCGCCUGGAAGGCGGGGGCGGCCGGCACAUCGCAGGAAGACCGGGACGGCGCCCAGCGUCUACGGGAGGCUCGGACCAUCAACCGCUCGCUGCUGGCGCUGGGAGGCGUGAUGGCCGCGCUGCGGGCCCGCCGGCCCCACGUGCCCUUCCGCGACUCGCAGCUCACACGCCUACUGCAGCCGGCGCUGGGCCCAGGCGCCACGGCGGUGCUGCUGCUGCAGAUCUCCACGCGGCCCGAGGAUCUCGGCGAGACCGUGUGCUCGCUCAAGUUCGCCGAGCGUGUGAGCCGAGUGGAGUUGGGGCCGGCCAGGCCCCGCAGGGCUCCCCGCUCCGGGACACCCUCCUCCUUGAGCACCGACACACCACUCUCCGGGACCCCCUGCACCCCCACGACGUCGCCCGGCAGCCCUCCAAGCCCCGGCUUAGACAGCGGCUCCAGCUCGGCCCUGGCACCGCCGGAGGACCUGCCUUCCUAGUCCUGCCCAAGGAGCCUGGGUCACAUCUCUGCGGGCAGAGGCAGCAAAAUCCCUAUUCCCUCAUGACUUCCUUGAUCUCUGGGGACCGAUGCCCCCCCCCCCCCCCCCCCCAGAGUCCACCCUCCUCUCCCACCCUGGAGGAGUGCUCUGCCUGGGGUAAUGAUCACACCUCCCCCGCCCCCUUAUCACCAUCUGCUGUUAUCGCAGCGCACAGCAGGGGAUCCCAGGGCCGCAGAUGCAGACCGCGGCCAAGUGGUCACCAGAGUCACUAUCCCAUCACCACAUUAGACUUGGAUUGAAAUGUCUAUUCCUUUACUCUUACCUCCCCACCACCAUCACCAAAGCCAAGUAGUCUCCAUUCUCGAUCCCCUUCCCCCCAAAGGUGCUUCCUCUUUCCCAGGCAACAGCUGAGGGAGGACAGGGCUUUAGGCUGGAGCCCCAUUAGGUUUUCCCUCCCCCAGCCCAAGCCAGGGAGGGGAGGUGACAGCUGGUGAUGGAUGGAUGGAUGGAUUGAUAGAUGGAAGGAGAGUUGGAGAAGGUGGGGCCAGGAAGGGGAAAGGAAGGGCUACUCCAGGUAGAGCCCUGCUCCAUCCAGCCUUGCCUCUAGGGGUAGGAGAGGCUCGACUAACCACCAGGGCCGGGUGAUGCCCUGCUGGGCCAUAGCUCUUCUGGGGCAGCCAAUAAACAUGUGGACUCUCA